CGGGGGGUGGUCUCGGCGCCGCGAGCGAGGGGCGAAAUUAGUAGCCGCCCACCCUCCCGUCGGUCCCCGCCCCCAGAGAAUUAGAAUUCUCCGGGAAAGUGUCUGGUUCCCGGAGAAUCCUUGGGGCGGGGUGCAGGGGCGCGCCCGGCUCAAAAUGGUUAAAACAAAGUCCACGCGCGCCCCGGGGCCCCGCGUCUGGAAAGUGUGCGCGCUGGUGGCUGGCCCCCCCCUUGCUAAUUUGAGGGUUAGUUCCCGGGGGGCAGUCUGGUGUGGUAGGGGAGGGCGGCGGGCUAAGGGCAGCCCAGGCUGGUGCCGGCUCCGCUCCCAGGCCUCCUGUUCGCGGGGGGCGGGCGCCGGACAGGUCUGCCCGGCGGCUCACUCUCUUUGCCUCCUCCCCCAGGAUUACCGAGAGGAUGGGAUGGAUCUAGGCAGUGACGCCGGCAGCAGCAGCAGCAGCAGCAGUAGCCGCGCCAGUUCGCAGUCCAACUCCACCAAAGUGACCCCUUGCUCCGAGUGCAAAUCCUCGUCGUCGCCGGGGGGCAGCCUGGACUUGGUGUCUGCCCUUGAGGACUAUGAGGAGCCCUUCCCGGUCUACCAGAAGAAGGUGAUUGAUGAGUGGGCGCCGGAGGAGGACGAAGAGGAGGAGGAGGACGACGACGACCCUGACCGGCGAGGGUACCGGGAUGACCGCUGUCCGGCCCGGGAGCCGGGGGACCUGAGCGCCAGGACCUGCAGCGGCGGCGGCGGCGGCGGGGGCAGGAGCGCCACCGCCGCCAUGCCACCCCCGGUGCCCAACGGCAACCUCCACCCGCACGACCCCCAGGACCUCAGGCACAAUGGCAACGUGGUGGUGGCCGGCCGGCCGAGCAGUUCCCGGGGCCCCCGCCGGGCGACCCAGAAGCCCCAGCCGGCAGGGGGCCGGCGCGGCGGCCCAGGCCCGGCAGCUGGGGGCCUCUGCCUCCAGCCCACGGACGGCGGGACGUGCGUCCCAGAGGAGCCCCCGGUGCCUCCUAUGGACUGGGAGGCGCUAGAGAAGCAUCUGGCUGGACUGCAGUUCCGGGAGCAGGAGGUGCGGAACCAGGGCCAGGCAAGGACCAACUCCACCUCCGCACAGAAAAAUGAGCGAGAAUCGAUCCGACAGAAGCUGGCCCUCGGCAGCUUCUUUGACGACGGGCCCGGGCUUUACACCAGCUGCAGCAGGAGCGGGAAGCCCAGCCUCUCCUCUCGCCUGCAGAGCGGGAUGAACCUCCAGAUAUGCUUCGUGAACGACAGCGGCAGCGAUAAGGACAGCGACGCCGACGACAGCAAGACCGAAACCAGCGUGGACACCCCCUUGUCUCCCAUGAGCAAACAGAGUUCUUCCUAUUCCGAUAGAGACACUACUGAAGAGGAGUCUGAAUCCCUGGAUGACAUGGAUUUCCUCACGAGGCAAAAGAAACUGCAAGCCGAAGCCAAAAUGGCCCUCGCCAUGGCCAAACCAAUGGCCAAAAUGCAAGUAGAAGUGGAAAAACAGAACAGGAAAAAGUCUCCCGUCGCUGAUCUCCUGCCACACAUGCCUCACAUAAGUGAAUGCCUGAUGAAAAGAAGUUUGAAGCCCGCUGACCUGAGAGACAUGACUGUUGGGCAGCUACAAGUGAUAGUCAACGACCUCCAUUCCCAGAUAGAAAGCUUGAAUGAAGAGUUGGUCCAGCUGCUUCUCAUUCGAGAUGAGCUGCACACAGAGCAGGAUGCCAUGCUGGUGGACAUCGAGGACUUGACCAGCACCAGUGCCACCAGAUUGCUCUCACCAUGGGGACACUCCAGGACUUGACUUUCUAGCUGGGCCCGGCUCCAAGCACUCUCUGUCAAGAGACAUGCCGAAAGUCAACAGAAGCACAUGGCAGAGAAAAUGCCUGCAAAGUGAGCAGAAGCCAUCCACCCAGAUGACGAGCUAGAAUUUAUUUUGCUUCUGUGGUUGUAAAAGUGCUAUUGCUGAAGGUGGCGCAGAGACAAACACCAGUGUUAGUCAUUGAUCAUGUCUGAAGCUUAACGUCCAGUGAUCGGCCUUUGCUUCCUAAUUUAUUUUAAUUUUUUUACUGUGCCACUGAAUAUCAGGCAUUUUAAUAAAAUAUUGUUACAAAAAAUGUACAGUACUUACACCAUCACAAAUCAUGGUUAAUGAAAGAAGGUAGUUUUAACUUUAUUUUUAUUGGUUUAGAGCUUUUAAGUUGGAGCAGUAUUUGACCGUUGGCUCCUUUCCUUCUUCCCUGUAGUUUGAAGAACUGUAAAUGACGGUGCUAUACAAGUCCAGCAUACAUGCCUGCCUCGUAGUGAAGUUGUAGCUCUCCGUAAUUGAUAUAUUUUAAUCAGUCUUCAACAUUUUGUGAAUGUUGACUACCUGAAGUUCAUUUUUAGAUGUGCUAUUAACAUUCUGUUGGAUUCAGAGGGUUCUUUGAACGUUUUAUGUAUAAAUAUGUAAAAUAAAAAUUAAAACUUUGUUUCA